CCAAAUAAGAAUGACCCGGAUGAGAAAACUCCCAACAACAAGCGACUACAACAUGGCAGCGUACACAGGUGAUGAUGACUGUGAGGUGUGUGAUGAUGUACCCGAGCUGUCCGACAGUGAUGAAGAACAAUGGCAGUCAAUGGAGGAGGGAUCUGAAUGCAUAACAGUCCCGUGUUUACUCUGUGACAGCAGGACUUUCACCUCUGUGUCUGAAACAGUACAACACUGUAAGACAGAUCAUGGUGUGGAUAUUCCAGAUCUUGUCCAAAAACACAGGCUUGAUGACUAUGGCUACAUAAAGAUGAUAAACUACAUUAGAACUACAAAAUGUUCUGCAGAGAGUUUGGAACUUGCUUCAAAUGGUCCAUUGCCAUGGGACAGUGAUCAAUAUAUGAAACCAGCUUUACCAGAUGACCCAUUACUGCAGAUAGAUGUUGAAGAGUUGAUCGAAGCUGCAGAUGUGACGUUGAGCCCCGCGGCUGGUGAUCAGGUGCCUCUUCUGCUUCAGAGAGCCAGACAGGCUGAAGACAGAGCUCAGAGAGCUGAGGAAGCCCUGGCCCGGGCCAUGGACGAUCUGCACAAACUCAAAUUGUUGGCACAAGGUUUAGUGCUGAACGCAGACACAAGUCGUGGCCCUUCACGCUCAGGGGCCAUUGCUGAGUUGAGAGAAGAAGAAGACGAGGCCUACUUUAGCUCUUAUGGGCAUUACAGCAUCCAUGAGGAGAUGCUGAAGGACAAGGUGCGCACUGAGAGCUAUCGAGACUUCAUGUACCACAACAUAGACGUCUUCAAGGACAAGGUGGUGCUUGACGUGGGAUGUGGUACGGGAAUCCUCUCCAUGUUCGCCGCCAAAGCGGGAGCCAGGAAGGUCAUUGCUGUCGACCAAUCUGAGAUCAUCUACCAGGCCAUGGACAUUGUCAGAUCAAAUAAACUUGAAGACACCAUCACACUGAUCAAGGGCAGAAUAGAAGAAAUUGACCUUCCUGUGGAAAAAGUGGACAUCAUCAUUUCAGAGUGGAUG